GAAGAUUUUAUUCUUAAUGCGUUUUUUUUAAUAUCCUAUUUCGAAGUUAUAAUAAUGAGUAAAGGUGGAUUUUCUUGUGUGAUGUGUAAAAACAUAUCUGGACGAAAUGCAGGAAUAAAGUUUUUUCGUUUUCCAAAAGAUCCAGAAAUGUCUAAAUUAUGGCUCAAAUCUUGUAAUCGUAUGAUUGAUAGAACAACUGAAGAACUUUAUAAAAAUUAUCGAAUUUGUAGUGAUCAUUUUAAUGAAAACAUGUAUCUUAAUGACUUGAAAACUAGACUUCUUCCUGCAGCUAUACCAAAUGCAACACAGACCACAUCAAAUUUUCUGACAAAUCCAACUUGUGACACUUACGUUAUUUCAAGAGAGAAUAUAGAAUUUAGACAGAAAUCUUAUCAGGAGGAAUUAGAAAUAAAAGCAAACGAAUCGUUAUAUGAACAAAUGGGCCUAGGUGAAAGCAAUAAUUCUAGUAAGUUUAAACUAGCAUAG